CAUUUCGCCGGCCAAACAAAUAUAAUGUUGUACAUAUCCCACUCGCUUCCGCUGGGCGAUUCACACAAGUCUCGCUUUAGCGUUAUGCCCGUCAACAACCGACUUGGGAAAGGAUUUCAUAUUUCCCGUCCUUUCCUUUCAACACCCAUGUCGUCAUCAUGGCUUCUUUUCGAUCCUUAAUCGCUCUGGUCGCUCUGGUGGCGCUGGCCGUGGCGUCACCAGCAUACAGGUUGCAGAAGCGGUCGUUCACAGUCCAUCAGCAAGCUGCAAAACACCGGACGAGAGUAGGAGUAUACGACUUCCGCCGAGCCUACCGCAAGUACAAUGUUAUUGUACCCGUUGACGUUCAAGAGGCUGUGGCUAUGUAUCAGAAUGGGACAGUCCCGGCCGUUCCUCAAAAAAAUGACAUUGCCUAUCUUUCCCAAGUGCGCAUUGGCCAAGAUUUGCUUGACUUAGACCUUGACACGGGGUCAUCAGAUAUGUGGUGCUUCUCCAAUUUGCUGCCGACCGCAGAGCAAGGAAGUCAUGCGGUAUAUCGACCUUCCUCUUCUUCCCAAAAACUCGCAGAUCACACAUGGAACGUGAAAUAUGGCGACGGAAGCAGCGCAUCCGGUGUGGUGUAUCACGAUCAAGUAGAAGUGGGAGGAAUCGUGGCCCCAAAGCAGGCCGUCGGAGCCGCCACGGAAGUAUCGGACAUCUUCAAAGAGGACGAAGAAAAUGAUGGGCUGCUUGGUCUCGGGUUCGGACACAUGAAUACCAUUCGACCCACACCACAACCGACCUUCUUCGAGAACAUCCAGGCUCAGUUAACCCGCCCCCUUUUUACCGUGCAACUCCGAAAAGGGGCCCCGGGUGCGUUUGACUUCGGGUACAUCAACAGCGCUCGUUACAAAGGCAGUAUCCAAUACAUCAAUGCCGACACCCAGAAGGGAUAUUGGGGACUCGAAGUUCAAGGCGCCCAAAUCGGCUCCGCUAGUCCAAGCACUACUUCUUUCUCUGCGAUUAUCGAUACCGGUACCUCACUCACGCUACUCCCUAGCACCGUGGUUUCCGCCUAUUGGGCGACCGUGCCAGGCUCUCAGCUUCACGCCCAAGCCGGCGGCUAUAUCUUCCCAUGCGGCACCCAGCUCCCGAAUCUCGGACUCGUAGUCCAAGGCCGCCAACACGUCAUCGAAGGGAAAAUGAUGGAAUACGCAUUCACCGGCACCAUCGGGAACCAGCCGCAAUGCUUCGGCGGGCUCCAAUCGAGCGACGGCUUCCCGUUCACGGUCCUCGGAGACACGUUCCUCAAGAGCAUCUUUGUGGUAUUCGAAGGGGGAAGCGUCCCGCGAAUCGGAUUGGCGCAGCAACCUGACGCGCCAGAUGCGAUUGGUACUGGGGUUUCUCAGGCACCAGCUCCAGGAAGGCCCCGUCCGCAACCCGCCCUGCCCGAAUCGAAGCCUGCACCGGAGGCCUCGCCACAGCCCUCACCGCAGCCUGAAUCACAGCCUGCACCGGAGGCCUCCCCACAACCUGAACCGCAACCCUCAUCAAAGCCUUCACCACAGCCUGAAUCGCAGCCUGUACCGGAGGCCUCACCACAGCCUGAACCGCAGCCCUCACCACAGCCUGAACCGCAGCCCUCACCACAGCCUGAACCGCAGCCCUCACCACAGCCUGAACCGCAGCCCUCACCACAGCCUGAACCGCAGCCCUCACCACAGCCUGAACCGCAGCCCAUACCUCAGCCCUCACCACAGCCUUCGCUACAACCCUCACCACAGCCGGAGCCGCAACCAGAACCACAACCGGAACCGCAGCCCGAGACGCUGCCCGCACCGCACCCUAAACCGCAACCGCAACCUCAGUAUCCACCACAACCCGAAGACCAAGGCCGUCCAGGCCGUCCCAGCGGCGGUUCCAACAACAGCGGGAUGUCCGCACUCUCCUGGCUAGGGUCACUGUUCAGCGGCCCGAGCGGCAGAAGAGGGCCCGGCCCCAGUGGCGGUUCCAGAGGCAGUGGCGGCUCAGGGGGCAGAAUCGUGUCCGGGCCCGUGGGUAGUUCCGUGAGUUUUGAGGGGAGUGGAGGCUCGGAUGGUAGAGUCGUGUCAGGGCCCGCGGGUGGUUCGGGGGUAAUUGAGGUGAGUGCUGGCAAUAGGGAGCAAGGGGGUGGUGGUGGCGGCGCUGGGGAGUGGGAUAAAUUCCUGGAUCUCUUGAUGUCGAUGAUUGGGAGGGAUAGGGAGGGGUGAAGGUGUAGGAGGUUUGGUACGGCGCAAUGGAUGAAGGGCGGGUCUGUAGGUCCCUUACGGUUCACUAAUUCAACGUGUGUAUGGCCGGGGGUUCGUGCUUCAUGUGUGUCUGCAGUCGCGCAACCCGAACUUUGUCCGCUCCAUAUU